UCUGGAGUCAUUGCAACAUGAGCGGGGGCCGGAAGUGACGGUUUGUAGCUAACUACCCUGUUAGCUUUAAACAAUAGCCUGGGAAUAUUCUUUACAGUUCUAUCUCUGUAUCUUUCUGGGAUUCUAAAAACAUACACGGCAAUAUUCUUAAAACAUAUCCUACAGAAUUAUUUCUUUGCUGUUGUCGGUUCUGUGAAGGAAACGUAAACUGUACAUGAUAGCGCUGUUAGCCGUUAGCUAGCAGCGUAUUCGAUGAACAGUAAGUUGACCACAUGCAUACAGGGAAUGAGUGAAUUAACGAAUAGUUUUUAGGCUUGGCAGACUGAGAAAAAAGGCGUUAAUUAGCAGCAUAAUACAGCCAUGGCUACUGGGGCCGAUGUCAGGGAUAUUCUGGAGCUGGGCGGAGGAGAAAAUGACGGUCCCAUCAGCAAGAAAGACCUCAUCAACUCAGACAAGAAAAAAACCAAGAAGGCAACAGAAACGCUGACCUUCAAGAGACCGGAGGGGAUGCACCGAGAGGUCUACGCUCUGCUCUAUUCAGAUAAGAAAGACGCUCCUCCUCUGCUGCCCAGUGACACCACUCAGGGCUACAGGACGGUCAAAGCCAAGCUGGGCUGUAAAAAGGUUCGUCCCUGGAAGUGGAUGCCCUUCACCAAUCCGGCUCGCAGGGACGGAGCCAUUUUCCACCACUGGAGACGAGUGGCAGAGGAGGGCAAGGAUUACCCUUUUGCUCGCUUCAACAAGACCGUGCAGGUACCAGUGUACUCUGAGCAGGAGUAUCAGAUGCAUCUCCACGACGACGGCUGGACUAAAGCGGAGACAGACCACCUGUUUGAUCUCUGCAAGCGCUUCGACCUGCGCUUCAUAGUUGUCCACGACCGCUACGACCACCAGCAGUACCGAAAACGCUCUGUGGAGGACCUGAAAGAACGAUAUUAUAAUAUCUGUGGUAAGCUGACUAAAGUCCGUGCAGCGUCCGGAACGGAGCCCAAGAUCUACAUCUUUGAUGCUGGACAUGAAAGGCGACGCAAAGAGCAGCUGGAGAAGCUCUUCAAUCGCACACCAGAACAGGUGGCAGAAGAGGAGUACCUUAUUCAGGAGCUGAGGAAGAUCGAGACGAGGAAGAAGGAGCGCGAGAAGAAAACUCAGGAUCUGCAGAAGCUCAUCAAAGCAGCCGACACUACGACGGAGCUGAGGCGAGCUGAGAAGAGGGUUUCCAAGAAGAAGCUCCCACAGAAAAGAGAAACGGAGAAACCGGCUGUUCCAGAGACGGCCGGCAUCAAAUUCCCCGACUUCAAAUCAGCCGGAGUGACGCUGCGCAGUCAGAGGAUGAAGCUGCCCAGCUCGGUAGGCCAGAAGAAGAUCAAGGCCAUUGAGCAGAUCCUGAUAGAGCAAGGAGUCGAUCUCAACCCCAUGCCCACAGAGGAGAUGGUCCAGAUGUUCAAUGAGCUCCGCAGUGACCUGGUGCUGCUGUACGAGCUGAAGCAGGCCCACAGCAACUGUGAGUACGAGCAGCAGAUGCUGCGUCACCGCUACGAGGCGCUGCUGAAGGCCGGCAGCGGGGGUGUGUGUGGUGGAGCUGUGGGGCCCGGACCGGCUGCUGCUCCACAGGCUGCAGACCUCAGCGCCUCAAACAGCACCACGGCCUCCACCCCAGCAGGGGAAGUCCAGUCCUGGCCCAGCGCUGACGACAUCAAGGUGGAGGCCAAGGAGCAGAUCAUCGACGUCGUAGGAGCCCCGCUGACACCCAACUCACGCAAACGCAGAGAGUCGGCCUCCAGCUCGUCUUCAGUGAAGAAGGUGAAGAAGCCGUGAUGGGUGGCAGCUGGAAGACGGGGGGGUCACGUUACUUAUUCUGAUCACAGCGGAGACGCCAGUGAGCGUUACAGCCGGCCAACAGAGACACACAACUGAGCCGGACGUCAUAUUUGUGUUUAGUAGAAGCACCGCCGGCUGCACGGACACCACACACAACUUUUCACCUGCUAACGAGUCUUCUGCAGACCCUCCCCCCCCGCCGUGACAAAGGCAGCGACUGAGUGACAUUUCAUUCCAUUACCGCUCGUCUCCCUGCCUCCGCCGCUGCUUGGCCUUAGAUGAGCCGAGAUCAACUGUAAAUUGCCAGGCUGAGCUAAUCGGGACACGGGAAGAAGGUGGGAAUGAGCGGGUAAUUGAAAUGAAAGAACAGACUGUGGGAGCCGCGGUGCUCAUUUGACCCCUCUGAGGGUUUUUGUAGCCUCAUCAUGCCACAGUGUUUACUGGAGAUGUGUUUCUGUGUUAGCCUGUAGCAGUGUGGAUCUGUGUUGUUUGUCCUCAGGUGACCUUGAAGAUGCUUUAGUCAGUGAUUCAAUAAAUCUCUUUCUUUGCA